AUGACGCGCCGAACCUCCCGCCUCGCGACAUCUGCUACACCUGCCCUCGCUGACGUUGCAACUCUUCUUGACAACCCCGACGACGCAAUGAGCCUCGAUGUUCCUGAACAACUCUUGACCCCAGAAAAUAGCCGUUCUGAAACCUCGAGCAACAAUGAGAACGCGUUGACCGAAGAGAACCCCUCGUCGCGCCGCAGCCAAGCUUAUGUGGACAGCCUCGCUAAUUCCAAGCGCUCUCGAUCCUCCCUGCGACAUAGUAUUGCGGUGAUGGAAUCAUCUAUACGAACCAAAGUUCUACCCGAUGAAGAUACCGUGAUGGAAGAUGCCUCAGUAGUACCCGACACGCCGAUUUCGAACUCUUCUCAAGAGCUUCAAUCUGAAGACUUGGGAGUAUCUCUGCAGCAACGCACUCUCCGAAAGCGCCUACACAAAGAAGUGGGUGAAGAAGAUGCAGGUAGUGCAAAGGGAACGCCCAAGGUCCAAUCUACUCAGUCUCCCCGCCGGUCAAGCCGUCUCAGCAUUGUGAACAAAGCCUCUGACUUUCUGGACCGCGCCAGUAGCGUUCUCGGUAAAAGCGGCAAGGAUCCAAACACAAAGGGCAAAGAAGUUGGUCGACGAGCCAGCCUGCGACCCCGCAAUGUUGCACCUCCUAAGGAGGAGAUGCCUACCCCUGCACCCGAGCCAGCACAAAAGAAGCGACGAGUCUCCGAGAGUGAUUUGCCUACGUCAAAGGAAAAGGAUACACCAUCCGAAGAGCCAGCUCCGCUGGCGCCUCAACGCUUUAAGCGUAAAGUGUGGCUGACACAUGGUCUGUAUUCCGGACAGGAGGAGACCGAUUCACCCCCUAAGCAGCGCCGGCGCAAAAGCUCGACGAAGAAUGACAGCUCUCGCUCCAUCGUUGAGAAAGGUUAUCCUUCGUUUUUGUUUGCCGGUGCACGGCUUCUCGAGAAAGGCCGAGAUUUUCGGUUGCCUUAUGACAUUUUCUCCCCACUCCCCCCUGGUCAACCGAAGCCAAAUGAAUGGCGGAAGACAAAUAAGAAUGUUUUUGUUGGUGAUGCUGCUGAUGAAUGGAAAGCCACCAAGAAACUGGAGCUUUCCACCUGCAUGUGUUCAGACGAAACUGGCUGUGAUGAAGACUGCCAGAACCGCUACAUGUUUUACGAGUGUGAUAAUGGGAACUGCCGGGUCGGUCCAGAUUGUGGCAACCGGAAUUUCAGUGAACUGAAAGCACGCACCAAAGCUGGUGGUAAAUUUAAUAUUGGUGUAGAAGUUAUCAAAACCGAAGAUCGUGGAUAUGGUGUCCGCAGCAACCGCGCUUUCGACCCCAACCAAAUUAUCGUCGAGUACACUGGGGAAAUUAUCACACAGCAAGAGUGCGAGAGACGCAUGAGAACUGUUUACAAGAAGAACGAUUGUUAUUAUUUGAUGUACUUUGACCAAAAUAUGAUCAUUGAUGCUACUCGAGGAUCCAUUGCUCGCUUUGUGAACCACUCCUGCGAGCCCAACUGCCGCAUGGAAAAGUGGACGGUUGCAGGAAAGCCUCGAAUGGCUCUUUUCGCAGGCGACCAAGGAAUCAUGACAGGAGAAGAACUGAGCUACGACUACAACUUUGACCCCUACUCCAACAAGAAUGUCCAGGAGUGCCGCUGUGGCGCUGAAAAGUGCCGCGGUAUUCUUGGACCCCGACCAAAAGAUAGAGACCAACGCGCUAAUGCCGAAGGUGCCAAUGGCAAGAAGACGGUCAAGGCAGGUACUAAGCGAAAGCGCGAGGCAACCUCCGCGGCCACUUCAGUGGCCAAGAAGCGCAAGGUCAUAACGCAAAAGUCCAUUAAGGCAGGCGUCAAAAAAGCCGUUGCGAAAGCCACGACAGCACGGGGGAAGGUGACUCGAAAGACGCCUGCCUCAGCAUCGCGCAGUCCAGCCAAGGGCAAGGCAGAAGGUAAGAAGCCAAUAAAGCUUCCCAAAGUCAAAGCUGCAGCUAGAGUGAAAGCUGCUGUUCGCGCACCUCGCAAAGCCGAGGGCGCGAAAGCUAGCUCGAAGUCACCAGCCAAAGUUUCACAGCUAAAGCGACCCUCGGCGGAGACGAAGAAAAGGAUCCUUGCCAAUGCGGCCAAGGGUUCCAAACCCGCGUCGAAGAAGUCGCCGGCUAAAGCUGCAAAGCCCGCUGCUAGGAAAGCCCCGAGCAAGAGCCCCGUGAAAGCAAAGGUGCUAGCCCAAGCGAAGAAGACUCCCACCAAGUCGACAGGAGUGACUCGGCGUGUCCGCAAUGCCGCUAAGAGUGUGGUGCGCGUUGUGAAGGGCGGCAAGAAAUAA